CUCAUCGGAUGGCGCUCUCUAAAAUGGCUGUCCGAGUGAGUGACUCCCCUCUCCUCCCCGCGUUGUUUUCAGCGAAUCAUCUGUCUCUAUUCUCUCUCUAUAACUUUCUCUCUCUAUAUCUAUACGUAGAUGUAUAGCUCUGCUCCUUUUAUCUUCUUCAAUGGUAUAGAUUCCUAGAAAGCUUUACCUAUUCAUCUUUUCAGAACUUCCAAAGGUUAAAAGCAAGACCCCUCCUCAGAUUCAAUCUCUCAGCUUGUCCCUUUCCCAGAUUUGAAGGUUUUUGAAGGGCGACCAUUGAAUUGCGACUUUGUUAGCGGCGACUUUUCUCUGGUUCUGCAUGUGAUAUGGCAUAGUUUGAAUGCCCUAGAAGUUGUGAACUCAACUUCUUUUAUGUUUUGAUUAUUUGAUGUGGGUCUUGUGGUUUUGGUUGAAACUGUUUCACUUUAUCUUUUGACUGUGUGUGGUGGUUAGUCUCAAGGGUGUUUUACAACCAAUCUAUUCUGUCAAUGUGAUGUUAAGAACAGAGUGUCUUGAAAGAAAGGGGUAUUUAGGAGUAGUCUGUUGAGAUUGUAGUAAUUAAAGAUUGUGCAGUACAAAUUUGAUACUUCUAUGGGGGAGAUGCAGAAAAAGGGACAGGACUGGAAGGAGGUGGUGAGAAAGAUGCUCCCUCCGGGAGCUCCGCUCCCGGAAGAUGGUGCUAACCUUGAUUACUCAAUAGCAUUAGAGUAUGAGGGUCCACCCGUCUCUUAUGAGGUACCUAGAGUUGAACCCCUUGCUGUAAAUGCAGUUGUAAUUCCUACUGCAUCUAGAGCAGAAUCAGUUUCGGAACCACGAAGAUCGGUCACUAGAGAUGUUCCCCCUGUAAUUGAACCAAUCCGUUUGCCGGUGUCUUGUAUGGCUGGUGUCACCAGUCCCACUCAAAGUCCGAGGAUAUCGGGGAGUUCGGAGUCUGUUGUGUCUGUAUUGCAGAACCCUGAAUUUUCUUCUGCUUCCCCUUCGGCAUCACCCGGUUCCGUCCAUAAUCGUCCAAAUAAUGCUCCUGGACAAUUGGGUAAUGAAGUGAAGAGAGCCCCAGUUGUGACCUUCAAUACUGUUGAUAGAUCUGAAAGGAAAGAGGUUGAUGUGGAGAGAUCAGUUUUUCCUGAAUAUGUGGGGGUUUCAAAGGAAAAGAAGAAGAGGAAGAAAAGAAGAGUCUGUUAUAGAUGUGGAAAGGGGAAGUGGGAAACUAAGGAGUCAUGCCUAGUUUGUGAUGCAAAGUACUGCAGCAAUUGUGUGCUUAGGGCAAUGGGAUCCAUGCCAGAAGGGCGUAAAUGUGUUACUUGCAUUGGUGAGCCGAUUGAUGAAUCAAAACGGCUCAAACUGGGUAAAAAUUCAAGGGUAUUAUCCCGAUUGCUCAGUCCUUUGGAAGUCAAGCAGAUAAUGAAAGCAGAGAAAGAAUGCUCUGCUAAUCAGCUUCGCCCUGAGCAGUUGAUUGUGAACGGAUUUCCUUUGAAGCCAGAAGAGAUGGCUGAAUUACUUGGGUGCCCUUUACCCCCCCGGAAGCUGAAGCCUGGUAGUUACUGGUAUGACAAGGAAUCUGGUUUUUGGGGAAAGGAGGGAGAAAAACCAGAUAGAAUCAUAAGUUCGAACCUCAAUUUUACUGGGAAGCUUAGUCCUCAUGCAAGCAAUGGGAAUACUGAAGUUUAUAUCAAUGGACGGGAAAUUACAAAACUUGAACUGAGAGUGCUAAAGCUGGCAAAGGUGCAGUGUCCUCGUGACACUCAUUUUUGGGUAUACGAUGAUGGUCGUUAUGAGGAGGAAGGUCAGAAUAAUAUCAGGGGAAAGAUUUGGGAUAAGGCAUCAACACGGUUCGUCUGCACCUUGUUCUCUUUGCCUGUGCCUCACAGUCAAUCUCAUGGACAAAGGGAUGAGGCUAGCAAUUAUACUACCGUUCCAAAUUAUCUAGAGCAGAAAAAAGUCCAGAAACUUCUUCUACUGGGACUUCAAGGCUCUGGAACCAGCACUAUUUUCAAGCAGGCCAAAUUUCUGUAUGGGAACAAGUUUACUAUAGAAGAAUUGCAGGACAUUAAACUUAUGAUCCAAAGUAACAUGUACAAAUAUUUGAGCAUUUUGCUUGAUGGACGGGAGCGCUUUGAGGAAGAGGCCAUGUCAAGAAUGAAAGCGCUAGGUACCAUUGACCAGAUUACUGAAGCAGGUGGAGAGGUUGAUCCCGAUGAGUCUCCUCAAUGUAUCUAUUCCAUCAACCCAAGGUUGAAGCAUUUUUCUGACUGGCUGCUAGACAUUAUAGCCACUGGAGAUCUGGAUGCAUUUUUCCCUGCAGCGACGCGUGAGUAUGCUCCUCUAGUCGAAGAGGUGUGGAAGGAUCCCGCUAUACAGGAAACAUAUAGGAGAAAAGAUGAGCUUCACUUCCUUCCGGAUGUUGCAGAGUACUUCUUAAGCCGGGCCGUUGAGGUAUCAAGCAAUGAAUACGAACCUUUGGAGCGAGACAUACUCUAUGCAGAAGGGGUCACCCAGGGGAAUGGUUUGGCUUUCAUGGAGUUCUCCUUAGAUGAUCGUAGCCCUAUGUCUGAAACUUACACAGACAAUAUGGAAGCUCCACCCCCUCCUUUGACCAGAUACCAACUUAUUAGAGUAAAUGCCAAGGGGAUGAACGAGGGUUGCAAGUGGGUGGAAAUGUUUGAAGACGUCCGUGUAGUAGUUUUCUGUGUUGCCCUGAGUGAUUACGAUCAGAUGUGGGUUGUCCCGGAGAGUAAUGGCAGUGGAGUCCUACUUCAAAACAAGAUGAUGCAAACCAAAGAGCUAUUCGAAACAAUGAUCGGACAUCCCUGCUUUAAGCAAACACCUUUUGUGUUGAUUCUAAAUAAGUACGAUAUCUUCGAGGAGAAGGUCAAUCGGGUACCUCUAAGUGGCUGUGAAUGGUUCACCGAUUUCAGUCCAGUGCGACCCCAUCACAACAACCAGUCACUGGCUCACCAAGCUUACUACUACGUUGCAAUGAAGUUCAAAGACCUCUAUUUUUCCCUCACGGGUCGAAAACUCUUUGUGUCGCAAGCCAAGGCAAGGGACAGAGUGAACAUCGACGAUGCAUUCAAGUACAUAAGGGAGGUUCUCAAGUGGGACGAAGAGAAGGAAGACAACUACUAUGGCGGGCAAGAGGAUUCGUUUUACAGUACAGACGUGAGCUCCUCACCGUUCAUCAGGCAAGAGUGAAGCAACAACGAUAACGGUUAGAAUAUUUACUAUGUAGAUAGAGAUAAGAAGGGGAGGUGAUUAUUCAAAUAAGGUUACUCUUAUUUAUUUUUUUCAAACACCAGAUUUAAUGCCAUUGGAGGUGGUGCUUGAAGUUGAAUCUGUUUUUUUGAAGAGUUUUUACUGUACCAUUCAAGUGUAUAUUACAGCUCCUGUAAGAUGUGUUGAUGGAUGUGAAAGGUUUGGAUAUGUUUGUUUAUUUCGUCAGCCCAUCACCAUGUUUUCUUGUACCGGAAGCUUACCUCAAUAGGAAAAUAAAUCAUAUGUUGUGUCA